AUGAACCGACUUCUCCUUGCAUGCGUGGUUCUGGCGGCUGCCAACGCUGCAGUGGAGGCAGAGUGUGUCUUCGGUUACACACAGCGUGAGGGGGGCAACUGCUACAAGUUGUUCGGUCAGAACAGGCACAAUUGGCUCACCGCCGACCACAUCUGCACAUCUGAGGGAGGCUGGCUGACCACCCUCCGAAACGAGGCGGACAGUGUGUGGGUCAACAGCUUCUUCCAUGAGAACAGGCGCCACUUCUGCACGGAUUGGUACUGGAUUGGAGCCAACGAUUUUGUGAGGGAGGGAGUCUAUGAAUGGGUGCAGGAUGGCAGCGUACUCCAGUAUUUCAACUGGCUGCCUGGCGAACCAAACCAUCACAUAGGUUACAACGAGGACGUGGUGGAGGUCAACAGCGCCAAUCGACAGUGGAACGACAAUAUCCUCGACGGUGUCCAACUUUGCUUCAUCUGUGAGAAGAAACCAAUAGGCAGUUGCUAA